UUUUUGUCGAACAUACGAACGUAGCUCGUAUUGGUGGUACAUAAUAACAUCAACAACGACUAAUAAAUACCGACUACAUUACUAAUAUAUAAUAUAAAGAAGACCCAACAUUAUAUGUUGUACAGUUGUUAUAUUAGGUAUAAUCGUUUAUAAUAUUAUAUUGUACAUGAUAUCUAGAGAUCGUUUUAAAACGAUGUUACAGUCAGAUUGUACCAGUUUUGUCAAUUUACGGUAAAAUAUUUUUUAGUGUUUAGUGACGUUCAUUUGACGUAUCUAAUAUAUUAAUUAUUAACAUUUAUUGUUGAUAUUAUAAAUAUAUUCGCUUCAAUAUUAUUUCGUCAUUGGCCAUGAAGGUGACGUAUUCCUGGUUAAUAUAUUCAUGUUUAAUUUUUGGAACAGGCAUUUUUUGUGACAGAAAACUAGAAAAACGACAAGCCGUAUCAUCUUGCUCAGUAAAUUCCGAGGAUACGUUUCAUUGUUCAAAUGGACUGUGUAUAGAAUCGUCAGCGAUUUGUGAUGGUCAUGCUGAUUGUACAGAUAAUUCAGAUGAAACCAAAGAUUUGUGUGCUAGACAUAGAUGCCCGAGUUAUGCAUAUCAAUGUAAAUAUGGGGCUUGUGUGGAUAAAAAAUCCAAAUGUAAUGGAAAAAACGAUUGUGUUGAUGGCUCUGACGAAAACUUACCUGAAUGUAGACAAGGUUCUAUAAGCAGUACUCAUAGCAGUGGAUCAUCAAAAUGCCUCGAAGACCAAUACAAAUGUACAUCUGGCCAAUGCAUUGAUGGAACAUCAACUUGCGAUGGAACUCGAGAUUGUAAGGACGGGUCUGAUGAAACUUCAGCAUUAUGUAAAACAGUCCGGUGUCAAAAGUACACAUUCCAGUGUAAAUAUGGGGCUUGUGUCAGUAAAGAGAGUAAAUGUGAUGGCAUAAGACAGUGUAAUGAUGGAUCUGAUGAAGAACGAUGUGAAAGUAAUAGUAAUAGUCCAUCUUCAAAACCAACAACAACAAGACCUGUGGACAUUACAACUAAACCAACAACGGAGACUAAUACAAUGAAUUUAUGUGUUUUACCUACUGUCGACGGAGUAAUAUAUUCUUAUGAAGGUUCAACAGCAAUUUUACCUCAUGGGUCAUUAGUUAACCAUCACCUUACUGUUUUUGAGAACUGUGAAGUUGGAUAUCAUAAAGCUUAUCCCAAUGGUUUUAGGGUUUGUCAGAGUAAUGGAAAAUGGGUAACAGUUUCUGAUAAAUUAUGUUUCAAAAUGUGUCCACCUCUAAUAUCAGAUAGUUUAGAUAUUAAAUGUACUCUUAAUGGAAAGUAUGCAAAUUGCUCAAAUCUAUCGAUACCUGACACAGUAGCAACACCAUCAUGUAAGCCUACACAUACUGUACCAAAUGGACAAGAUGAGACUCCGCUUGAAUUACAUUGUCAGUCAAACGGAUUAUGGAAUAAUCAACUAUAUAGAUGCAUUCCAUAUUGUGGUAAAGUAUAUGUUGGAAAUAAAGUAUUGAUCGAUAAUGGUAAGAAAGCACUCGUUGGAACAGCACCUUGGAAUGCAGGAGUAUAUCAAUUAAAUAAAGAGAAUUUUAAUUAUGACUUGAUAUGUGGAGGUUCAAUAAUUGCUCCAAAUUUAGUAGUUUCUGCGGCUCAUUGUUUUUGGCAAAAAGGAAUAUCUAAUAGAAUAUUAGUGAAUGAUGGUCUAUACAGAAUUGCUGUUGGAAAAUAUGCUAGAGAUUUAACUGUAAUUGACAAUGACUUUACUCAAAUACUGAAUGUAGAAAUCAUCUACUUAAAUGAAGGUUAUUUUGGACCUAAUGGGUUCCAUGCUGAUGAUAUAGCUGUUAUUGUGUUACCAAACCGAGUUUCUAUUAGUAAUGGUGUCUCACCUGUUUGUGUCGACUGGAAUAGUAAAUAUACUAUACCAAAUGGAGCUCAAGGAAAGAUCGUUGGUUGGGGAAAAACUGAAAAGGGCUUAUCAAGUCUCAUUUUAUUAGAAGCAUCUUUACCAUACAUCAACCACGAUUCUUGUCGAAGUUUGUAUACAAACGGAUUUGAAACAUUUGUGACUGUUGAUAAGUUUUGCGCUGGUUCUGCAUUGGGACAAGGAGUUCGUGAAGGCGAUAGUGGUGCAGGCUUAACGUUUUUACACACUAGUUCUUAUUAUUUAACCGGAGUAGUAAGUGUGAAAGAUCCAAACACAAAUAAUUCAAUUGCAGUUUUUACAGAUGUUAAACACCAUAUUCAAUGGAUUCGUGAACUGUAUAACAAACAUACUUCUUAUUUUUUGGCGAAGCAAUUUGUAGACAGUUUUAAAAACGUUGGGUGAAUAACACCAAGAAGCUACAGGAAAAACUAUACAGUUCGCUAUAAUUUGAAGUACUCCGAACAAAAUUUAACAUUGGGAGUUAAACCUGUAAAAUUAAAUCAAAUUUCUUUACAAAAAUUAUUUAAGAACAAUUUUAUAUUUAUAAAUUUAGCAUAUUGCAUAUAUUAUGAAUAAACAAGAAAAAAUAAUUGUUAUGCUCAAAAUGUGGUCUAUUUAAAAAAAAUGCAAUUUAGUGGUCCACUUCAAAACUAGAAUUGAUCUAAGUGGUUUUUAAUGAAAAUCAAAUACCUGCCACUUCACCCCACGUAUGUGGGUAAAGUGGACCACUAUUUAAAAUAAAAAACUUUUUUUUUUUUUAACAACUUUACAAAUAUAGCAUAUUUUUUUUUUUUUAUUAUUUAUAAGGUAUAUACAAUCUGUUCUUUUAGGAACAAUAAGAAUAUGUGAUAUUUAAAAUAAAAAACUUAAAAAAAAAAGCGUAAAUUCAUGCGUAUAGAUUAUAUAUUCCAAGUUUCAAUCGUUUUGAUCAAAUAGAUUUCUUCGGAAUCUUAAGAAAUACACCAAAAGCUGGUCCACUUUACCCUGUCCUACGGAUACCUACCAAAUUUGAAUUUUUCUCCUAUUUUUAUAGACAAAUUGAUUUGUUUGUAUUGUUUUUGUAUUCAGUGUAGGUUAAUUUUACUUUCAUUUUGGCUACCUACAACAAUAGUAGUUUACUUUAACAUUAAUUAAAUUGCAAAAGCCAUACAAUUAAUGAAAAAAUUAACAAAAUCUAUUCAUAUUAUCCAGACUUGUAAAAAGUACCUACUUCAAAUAACAUAGAAAAAAUAAUUCAGAAUCACAUAAACAAACGUGUUAUAUUAUAUUGAGUCUAUUACAACAGUAUUACAUCUGUUGUAUGGAUAUUGUGAUUUUCUUUUCUAAUAAAUAAUAAUAAGUAACAACAUAAUAUUAUAUCAGUUAAGAUACUAAACAAUUAUUAACCUUGAUUCUAAGAGACUGAGAUAUAGAUAAAUAGUUUAUCUGUAUGCCGUGUUACCUAUUCGUAUUAUUGAAACAUGUUUACAGAUAAUAAAUGUACAAUACUAUUUU